AUGAAUUAAAAAAGCAUAUUAUCCCACAUAUUUGAUAAUCCAUUCCACAAACUAAAAGUUGGGGCAGCAGCCAAAAAAACUCAGAAUAAGGAAGCUUUACGAUUAUAUAGAGACAUAUUAAAGUUUUCAAUAGAAUUUGAUUGGGCUAAUAAGAAUGGAGAGAUUUGGUAUAAUCUUAACUCUAUUUCAAAAGGAGAGACAUCAUUAGAAAAAGUGCAAGGAAGGAAUUUGAAAUAGCUAAAAAUGAAGCUGAUCCAUUUAUGGUAAUGAGAAUGAUAAUGACAUCCAGGGAAGCCAUGUAAAAAACAAGGGAAAAAUUGAAUGAGGAAUACUUUAAAUUAAAUACAACAUUCUCAGAAAGAACUCAAACGAAUUAACAAAAUAAAAUAGAAUGAUUUAAUAUUAAAGGAAGGAUUACUACCUUAUGCGAG